CUCGUGACAGCGUGAGAGCUCAGAAGUCCUUCAAGAGAAGUCAAGGCAGCUGAAUUCCAUUUUCCUGUCUCAUCAUGGCUGAGCCUGGUGACCACUCUCUGAGGCUCGUUCUGGUAGGGAAAACAGGAAGUGGGAAAAGUGCCACAGCCAACACCAUCCUCGGGGAAAAAAAAUUUGAAUCUAAAAUUUCUGCCCAGGCUGUCACCAAGGAGUGUCAGAAAGCAUCCAGGACAUGGAAGGGGAGAGACAUCCUGGUUGUGGACACCCCAGGGCUAUUUGACACCAAGGAGAGUCUGGAAACCACCUGCAAGGAAAUCAGCCAGUGCGUCCUCUCCUCCUGCCCUGGGCCUCACGCCAUCAUCCUGGUUCUGCAGCUGAACCGCUUCACAGAGGAAGAGCAGAAGACUGUUGCUUUGAUCAAGGUUCUCUUUGGGGAGGCAGCCAUGAAGUACAUGAUUGUCCUGUUCACUCGCAAAGAGGAACUGGAGAGCAGGAGCCUGAAUGACUUCUUAGCAGAGGCGGAUGCAAGCCUGCUAAACAUCACCAAGGAGUCUGGGAACCGCUGUCUGGCCUUUAACAACAAAGCUAACAAGGCUGAGAAGGAGGCUCAAGUGCAGGAGCUGCUGGAGCUGAUAGAGCGCAUGGUGCGGGACAACGGAGGCUCUUACUUCUCUGCCGCCAUCUACAAGGACGUGGAGAAAAAGCUGAAAAGGCAAGCAGAGCUCUUGAGGAAAAUUUACAUUGAUCAAAGAGAGAAGGAAAUUAAAGCGGUGGAGGAAGAGUACGCUCAGAAGGGUCGGAUUAAGGAAAAAGAGGAGAAACUACAGUCAAUUAACAGGAAAUACGACGAAAAAAUAAGAAAUUUAAGAGAAGAAGCAGGCAAGGGCAUUUUCAGCCAGAUCGUCAGUGGAAUUAUGAAUGUGCUUUUUAAAGUAUGGCAUUUUUUCCAGAAGUAGUGUGAUACAUUCUUUUCCUUUAUUAUGGACACGUGCCUAUCUUAUCCUGCUAUUCUCCCUGCUGACCCUUCCCUAUGCCACCAACAAUCUGAAGAAAUAACAGCAUCACUGUGUCUGGAAUUCAGCCUACCUGGU